AUGUUCGUCCCGCUGGAAAAGGUCACCUUCGCGGGCCCCAUCAAGCACUACGCCGACAAGAAUACCGACAGUGGCCGCACCGUCGAUCGUCAUUUCUGCGACAUCUGCGGCAGUCCGAUCUACGGGCUCGCCAAGGAGGGUCUGCCCGGCCAAGCUUUGGUGCGCAUCGCGCUAUUCAACGACUUCAAAACAUCGCCGCCGAAACCCGGCGCGGAGCUCUACACCAAGGACCGCUGGGUCUGGGACGAACCGAUCCAGGACGCCCAGCAGGUCCCGACGACAAUGUAA